AUGGCAUUCGGUAGCAGCAAUAGCUCGAUUUCACCUUCGACAACCUCGUCCACUGCAAAAGAAACAACACCUGUUCAAGUGGCACUACGCGUACGUCCACUCACAUCUCAAGAUCGUGCGCAGCCUCGAUUCUCUCAAUCCACCGAUUCCGAUGUCAUUAAAACCUUCGACACCACCGUCAAUGUCGUUCCACACCAAAAGGCAUUCACAUUUGACCAUGUGUUUGGCACCAACAGCACACAAGAACAAGUGUUUUCGAGCGUUGCGUCUAAACUAGUAGACCGGUUUAUUGACGGUUACAAUGUCACCAUCCUGGCCUAUGGUCAAACAUCUUCCGGAAAGACAUAUACUAUGGGUACAGAAGUUAGUGACCAUCCACAUCCUGAUCAUCAAGGCAUUAUCCCGCGUGCCAUGGCUGCACUAUUCCAGGAAUUGUAUUCCGAUCCGACAUCGCCGUCAUCAUCCACCUCACGUGCAUCAUCACCACUCUCAUCAUCCACACCCAAAAUCAGCAAACGACAUAGUAGCAGUGCCGUCAAUAGCAAUUUGAAAGCACCAAGUCGAUUGAUGCGGCCUUCAUCCAUGCUAACUCCGCCUAGCAACUUGAGUCGACGUGCCUCUUUUUCGGUUGAACAGCAACAACAACAACAACGACAGCAACCUGCCAAUCGAAGAUUUAGUGUCAAAGUAUCCUUUGUGGAAAUCUACAAUGAGGACCUUGUGGAUCUUUUGAAUCCAGCACCUGCAGAUGAACGACCACCUGUGACAAUUCGGGAAGAUACCAAAGGGCAAAUUUAUUGGACCGGUGUUAAGGAGGUACCUGUCGACAGUACAGAGGAUGUACUAAGGUAUCUGCAAAUGGGAACACAAAAUCGUGCGACUGGAUCCACCGACAUGAAUGCCAAAUCAUCUCGAUCACAUGCCAUCUUUUCAGUAACAUUGCGUCAAGAAAAAUGGAUUGUCACUCCCAAAGCAUCCGUAUCCACAAUGUCAACGAGUCAACAAAGACCACCCACACCUACAUCAUCUCGAUCAUCCAUGAUGCUUGGAAGACGUAGUAGUGGCGUCAAUGUCAAAGCGAUGGUUCAAGAAUUACAACAUCACCCCAACAAUAGCAACAAUGAUGAUGGCAAAUGGGUCGUUAGCCAUUCAAAGUUUCAUUUUGUCGAUUUGGCUGGAUCUGAACGAUUGAAACGCACAGCUGCUGAAGGGGAUCGACGUAAAGAAGGCAUCAAUAUCAAUGCAGGAUUGUUAGCUUUGGGAAAUGUCAUUUCGGCAUUGGCUGAUAGUACCACCAACAAACGUCCAGCCCAUAUCCCUUAUCGUGAUUCAAAGUUGACACGUUUAUUGCAAGACUCAUUGGGUGGCAAUGCUACAACAUUGAUGAUUGCAUGUAUCAGUCCCGCCGAGAUCAACCUUGUGGAAACGGUGAAUACCAUCAAAUACGCACAUCGAGCUCGCAAUAUCAAGAAUCGUGUUGAACGCAAUGAGGCUGAGGAAUGGCUCACCAAUGACAACCCUGAGUUCUUACGUGGCAUCAUUAGCAAGCUUAAGGGUGAGGUGCGUAACCUAAAGUCAUCAUCAUCGACAUCCACAGCCAACAGCAGCAAUAGCACACCCACAUUUUCAAAGUCAACGGAUAGCAGCACUAUCAUGACUCCCACAUUAUCAUCAUCAGCUACUACACAACUCACGGUGCCUGAAGUCGAUCCUGUUACUACGCCAAGUGAGCAGCAGCAACAAUUGGUGACCGAUUUACGUAAGCAGAUUGGAGAUUUGCAAGUUGCUUUGCAUAAGCAAAAGGAUUUGGAUUUCCAGCACCUUGUUGAGCCUGUCAUUGAAGAAUAUGAAAAGUCCGUAUCAUCACUCGAAUCACAGCUUGCUAUGGCACGUGCUGCACUUGCUACUCAAGAUCAAGCAUUGGCUGAUCAACAACAAAGACUCACUGAACUUGAUGCCAUGCGACAAUCCGCCGUGGAUAAGCUCAAGCAACAUGAACAACAACAGCAGCAGGUGCAUGUUUAUGAAGAACAAUUGCAAUCAUGCCGACAACAAGCACAAAAGCUCGAAGACCAAGCACGUGGUUACGAAGACAAGAUACGGGAUUAUGAGCAACAGCUUCAAAUGGCUGAGGAGCAAAAGGCAAAAUGUGCAAAAGAAGUUGAAGCAUGUGAGGCACAGCUACGUGAUGUCAAAGAAGAAGCAACGCGACAACAAAAUGAGAAGGCUCAAUGGUACGAGCAACAAGUGCAUGAAUAUGAGCAGCAAUUGCAGAUGUUUCGGAAUCAGCAAGGAGAGAAUGAUUUAAAGAACGAUGAUGAUGAGGCACUUCUUGGUCAACUCAAGCAACAGAUUGAUGAGUACGAGAGAAAGAUGGCUGAAUAUCGAGCAAAGAUUGCAAAGUGUGAGCAACAAUUGAAUGAGUCUUUGGUACAUGCAUCCAAGUUCGAGGUGGAAUCAAUACAAUUGGGUGACAAGUUGCGACAAAUGGAGGAUCAACGUGCUGAGCUGCAACAAGCAUCAAAGAGUUACGAAUCACAAGCGAAUGCAUUACAGCUGCAGCUAACAGCCACCCAGGAGCAGCUGCAGCAUGCUGACCAGCAACUGCAAGCCCAAAGUGAGCGCUAUCAGCACGAGACUCACCAAUGGCAACAAAAAGUCAACGACCUUGCACGUCAACUUGAAGAAAUCACUGCUUUACGUGAUGAUGCUGUUAGCAUACGUGAUACUCAGGCACAAGAAAUAGCUCGGCUUGAAACAUGCUUACGUGAAGAGUUGCAACAGCGUGAUGCCCGUCAUGCCGAUAUUAUGAACCAUCAACGUAAGGUCCAUCGUCAACGUCUGGACGAACUUGAAUCAGCUCAUCGUGACGCAAAGACAUUGCAACUUGUUCAGCACAAGCAAGAAGUUAUUAUCCAUGCACUCGAAUCAAAGGUGGAUGCCUUGGAACAACUUGUCGCCAACUUGCAAAAGCAACUCGAUGACCGUGAUCAGCAAAUUGCCCAAUUCACUCAUGUUGUACAACACGUGCUUGAUGAGGUUCAUACCGUUGGAUCAGAACGUGAAGAUCUCGAGCGAUUGGCUGCUAGUCUUGGAGAUAGUAUUCAUGAUCACAAUAUUGAAGCUGACAAAACACUUGCUGCUGUGAAGGAGCUGGAAGUGCAACAUCGGCGAGAGGAUGUCAAAGAAGAAGAAGAUGAGGAGGAAGAUGGAUUGGAAAUACGGAUAUUGGAACUUGAACAGCAAAGUGAAUCAGCUAUCAAAAAGAUUCAAGCACUCGAGUGUGCAAAGCAACAAUUGGAGAAUGAACUUGAAAAGGCGAGGAAGCUUAAUAUGGAUCAAGAGAAUAUUAUUGCAUCUUUGGAAACGUCACUACAAGCUAUGCAAACUCGUUUGGAGGAAGCUGUUGCAAGCCAUACACAGAAAUCUGAAUUGAUCCAAUCACUUCAAGAGCAGCUCAAUCAACGUCGAAGAUUAACCAUCGACACGCGCAUGAACCGAGAUAGUGGGUUGCCUGAUGAGCAUCGGUUGUCAGCUGAUAGCAUUGCCAGCAAAAAGAAGAGUAUCACUGCUAUCGAUUCCAAAUCAUCAUUACCACCACCUCCAGCAUCGCCAUCAUCAUCAAGGAGAAGUCAUAGUAGCUGUAGUGGUCGCAGCAGCAGCAGCAGCAGCAGUGAAGAAGAUGAAGAGGAUUUGGCAGUAACGCCUCCUGACAAUGGAUCUGAGUUGAGCAGUCUAGACAAGCUACAAGAUCGUUAUCGGCGUAAGCUUACAAGUGCGGAAGGACAAGAGGAGUUGCUUGGCAAGCUGAUGCAGUUGAUGGAGGAGAAUUCCCAAUUGUCGGUGCAAGUGAAUGAGCUCGAGGCACAAAUGAUUUUGCAGCACAACCAGUUGACCCUUGAGAGCAAGAAUCUAGAACUUAAGGUGAUGAAGCUUGCAGCAGCCAAUGAGCGAUUAGAAAAAGAGGUAGAACAAGCCAUGAUUAUACCCCGCAGCACAAGCAGCACAAGUAGCAGCAACAUCAUCAACAACAACGCAACUGCCACCAAUCGAGAUUCCAUCCUCUUUAGUACUUCGCCGCCACAAACGCCACGUUCACCACCCAACACAUUACAUCAAAAGCUGCAACGCGACUGGUCAUUAUUUAGCUUGAAGAAAUCGGGAUCUUUGAGAUCGAUUCUCGACCAACCAUCAUCAUCACCCAGUUCACCCUCAUCAUCAUCACCCGAUGAAGUCAUGCUUGUUUCGCCUACAACUACAAACACCGCCAAACGAGGAUCGGCACCAUCAACAAUGACAGCGAUCCGAGAACAGCAACAACGUGUCUCGAACACCACUACUACCACUACGGAUGCAGGAUCACCUCCGCCAUCGGCUCCCCCUUCGAACCCAUUACCACCGGUCCCAUCACCAGCUCGUUCGGUCUCGACACCUUUAUUACAACGACAAACAUCCAGUGGAUCAACAGCCAUCAGUGAUUUAUUCAACAACGGUGGCCAUUUUACUUCGGAGCAAUAUGAAAAGAUCAUUCGAUCCUUACAGCGUAAAAUGAAUGUGGCCGACGAAGACGUGCGUGCUCAUCAACAAGUUAUCGGCAAACUCGAAACACAGCUAUCACGUUCAGAGAAUGCUGUGCGUAGCAUCAAACGACAACUUGAUACGCUCAACCAAGAAAAGCAAACCUACAUUCUCGAGCUUGAACAUUUACGAUCACAACAAAAUGGUUGGCAUGAAGAAGAAAGUGUUGAGAGAAACAGGCUGCUUGAGGAAUUGGAAAAUGAACGCAUGCUUAAGGAUAAAGCAGAACGUGCACGCACCAUCCUGGAACACCGCAUGGAGAAGCUCAUGUGCAAACGCAACAAGUUUAUGUGUUUCUAG